UCUUAAUGCACCUCUCCGCGAAUCGAGUAUCUACUUCCUAUCCUUGGGACCUUGCGCACAGUCAAAUAGUGAUUAGAAGCUUGCACGUACAAUCAGAGCUGCACAAACCCUAGGACGUCAACCCAAUCAGCUUACUGCUGCGCCCCGAACGGCAUAUUCGCGUAGAGUACAUAAGGUCGCCCACCUGGGUGGUGCUCCGAGCUAGACGGCGUGUCAGACGUAGGACGCAGUGCCUUGGUCUAUCUCCGUGAUGGCCAAGAAGAAGAAGACGGCGUUGAAACCGGUUGCCAGAGGGUUCGCUACAACCUCCGUACCGAAGAAGGUUGUUCAGGAGCAAGCACCUGAGGCCGAGGAGUCCUCAGCCGAACCUACACUAGAAAGUGGUGUCAGCACACAUGGUACGGCAUCAGCUGCCGUGAAACCUGAUGUGGUGGAUGGGCUUGACCCGGUGAAGGCGGAGGAGCAGUCGCUACAGAACUUGGUUGACAAGUUUCAGGAGAAGACGGAAAAGGAGAUAGUUCGUACGGUGAAGGUCAUCGAACAGGAACAUCGAUUCGCGAUGGAAUUCCCUUUGCUGGAUUUGGAUCCCACCCAUGUUCAGCGUAUCUUUGAGUUGGCCGCCAUAUCAGAAGAGAGUCUAGGCAAGAAAACUGUGGAAGGAUCGGAAGAAACAGCCGUUGCCCGCCUUGGCGUCACCUAUGGAGUCUUACGCCGGCUCAAUUUCAGCGAGGAGAGAGUUCAAGAAUGCCUGAGAUCUAUCGACAGCGUUGAUCUCGAUGACGCAUACGAUUGGCUGUAUAUGCAUUGCGAGGAGGAGGAGUUGCUCCAGGAUAGAGGAGUGACUGAUUCGAUCCUCAAAACACCAAGAACUCCCAGAACCCCCAUGACACCGCGCACCCCUCACCACGAGCGAAUGCCCUCUGCAUCCGCGCGAGCAGCACGGAAAUUCCUGGCGCUACCUGAGACCAGCCCCUCAAAGAACGUCACCGCUGGCCAGCCACCAUCGCCAAUGCUCACAUCCACGAAGCCACCUUCGCGUCUCAGCCCUCUGGCCCCUGCAUACGUACCUAAAGCUCAGCUGAACACAAACUGGCCCGAAGCCGGGGCGAUGCUUCUAUCGACAAUGGUUCAGGACACAGAGGAGGAUACAAGACCGUCGACACCCUUUUCCGUCGGGGUGGCGACCUCGUCGUCGAUUUCUCUCGAUUCCCUCCCUCCAGGCGAUUUACCGGUAGAAGACGAACGAAGCAUGGUCAAAGCUCGCAUAUUGGCUUCCUACGGUCGGAACACGACAGGCGCAGAUGCGUUGGCCUCCCAUUCGCAUUCUUCGCAUGGGUCACCUGAACCCGAUGACCCGCAUUUGGAGUAUGUCACACUCAAACUACAACUAGAUGAAUUGACGACGGAUCGUCGACAAGCUCGUGAAACCCGCGGGGACGAUGUGAUACAAGCCCUGCGUAACAAGCUAAACGAAAUGAGGAAUCGCUACUUCUUCGAUGAACGGGAUGCAGAAGUCUUAUAUCAGCAAGAACGUAGAAGACUCGAUUCUGUAGCUUUAGAGGCACGGUUGCGCAGCUCUGAGGAGGCUACUCAACCUUCACCUCUGCAAAUCCAUAGUAUUCCGUCGGCCACCCUUAAUGAUGAACCAAAGGCUUCACCCGUCAAGCACCGCCCGCCGCACCUUUUGUCCACGCCCGCGACGACCAAGGAAAAUGUAGUUGAUGUCUUUGACGAGCAAUGCGACGAGGCCGGCGGUCUUCUGGAGAUUCUCGAGGAACCGAAACCUGAAGUGACGAAUGAAGGCAUUACUGUCCGCGUGCGCGACAUGGCGCUCCCGAAGCAUUUCUCAGGCCGUACACCCAAGGUGCUACUGGCGGAGACCGUGAAGAAGCUGGAUCGAUACGCUGCCGUCACGUACUCCUGUAUUUCUGGUUAUAGCCGAGCCGUCAGAGCGUCAGUCAGCAUCCGCGGUGACAUCGUCAAGGGAGGAGAUUGGAACAUGCAGGACGUAGCUUGUCAUGAUCAAGGUCAAGCCGAACAAUAUGUUGCAACUAUCGCUCUGCAUGCUCUCAGCUUCCCCGUCUCGGAAGGAUUCGCUGUCGGAAACACUGCUUCCGCCAACACGCAGACAUCCUUCAGAGUACUACCGCCUAUCUACCGAGAUCUAUGGGACGAACUCGAAGUGGAGAGGAAAGCAAGAAAUGACGCCACUAACAGAUCAAUAUGGGCCAAACUCAGGGACAUCGUGGCUCCUAAACUAGAAAAGUCUACCAAGCCCGUGGAACGGAUCGUCAAAACCGAAACUGCGAGGUACCAAGGAGGAGCCCGGAGAGUGAUGGGCACAGCUAGUGAUCUCUCGUCUGAUGAGAUUAGGGCUGGCUUCCAAGCACGACAAUCCAGUCCUGCGUACCAAAGCAUGCUGGCCCAGCGCCACCAGUUGCCGAUCGCGCAAUACCGACAAGAGAUACUGAACACUUUGGAUUCUUCCCAGGUUCUCGUGCUCAGCGGGGAAACAGGGUGCGGGAAGUCAACGCAAGUUCCGUCAUUCAUACUUGAAGAUCAGUUAUCGCAGGGCAAGCAUUGUAAGAUAUACUGCACGGAACCACGCCGUAUCUCGGCUAUAUCUCUCGCUCAACGCGUAUCCGGGGAGCUGGGUGACCCUCCAGGUUCUGUCGGAUGUGUCGGUUCCCUGGUGGGAUACUCUAUACGGCUUGAGAGCAACACCUCUAAAACGACCCGUCUGGCAUUCGUUACGUACGGAAUCGCAUUACGCAUGCUGGAGAGCGGCAGUGGCGAAGGAGGGCAGGGCACAGCAUUCGACGAAAUCACACAUAUCGUGAUCGACGAAGUUCACGAGAGGAGCAUCGAAUCGGAUUUCCUGCUUAUUGUCCUGAGGUCUUUACUCCAACAGAGGGCAGAUUUGAAGGUCAUCCUUAUGUCUGCCACAGUGGACGCGGAAAAGAUAUCUGAUUACUUCGGGGGGUGUCCCGUUGUCAAGGUGCCUGGGCGCACCUUCCCUGUCGACACGAGGUAUCUGGAGGAUGCGAUACAGUUCACUGGCUGGGCCAUUUCUGAGAAUUCACCGUAUGCGAGACGAUUACAUGACAAGUUUUAUCGUGGCAAGAACCGGCCAGAAUGGUCGGAGGAGACUGCUCUCGGUGAUUCUGACGAAGAUACUGCCGUCCAAGAGAAUAUCAAGCUCGAGAAACGCUACUCAGACAGUACCGCAGCAACAAUCAACCUUCUCGAUGAACGGUUGAUUCCGUAUGAUCUGAUUAUGCGACUCAUUGAACGCAUUUGCUUCGAAGAUCCGGACUAUAGUUUUUAUUCCAGUGCCAUUCUCAUAUUCAUGCCUGGCUUGGCUGAAAUCCGUCGUUUAAACGACAUGCUCUCAGCGCACAGACAGUUUGGAGGCGCAGAAUUUGUCAUUUAUCCCUUACAUUCCACAAUCUCCAGCGAAAAUCAGAACGCUGUAUUCAACGUUCCGCCAUCAGGCAUUAGGAAGAUAGUCAUCGCAACGAACAUCGCCGAGACGGGUAUCACGAUCCCAGACAUUACUUGUGUCAUCGAUACGGGAAAGCACCGAGAGAUGAGGUUCGACGAGAAGCGCCAAAUUAGUCACCUCGUCGAGGCUUUCAUCGCGAAGAGCAACGCUGCACAGAGGCGUGGCCGUGCUGGGCGCGUGCAACAUGGACUCUGCUUCCACCUGUUCACCAAAGUGAAGCAUGACACCAUGAUGGUGGAACAUCCAUUGCCAGAGAUGAUGCGCCUGAGUCUGUCAGAUCUCGCCCUUCGCAUCAAAAUCAUGAAGGUCAACCUUGGAUCUUCAAUUGAAAAUGUUUUGAUCAGAGCGCUCGACCCGCCGUCGUCGAUAAACAUUCAGCGAGCUAUAUCCGCGCUGGUCGAGGUUCGCGCGUUAACGCCGACUGAAGAGAUCACCCCUAUGGGGCGUCUCUUGAGCAAGUUGCCAACUGACGUUCAUCUCGGGAAGUUCCUACUUGUCGCCACCCUUUUCCGAUGCCUGGAUCCUGCUCUAACCAUCGCCGCUGCUCUGAAUUCCAAAUCGCCCUUCUUGACACCCUUUGGCCACGAAGAUGAGGCAGAAGCGAGGAAGAACGUAUUUCGCAUCGAAAACUCGGACUUCCUUACACUUCACAAUGUAUUCUCUAGUUGGCGUCGCGUGAGCAUGGGUCCUGGUUCGGCGCACAAAUUUUGUCGCCAGAACUUCCUCAGCCAUCAGAACUUGCAGCAAAUCGAGGAACUUCGUCAACAGUUUUUGGGUUACCUGAUCGAUUCUUCCUUUGUGCAAGUCUCCAGAACAUUCAUCAGAGAGCUUAACCGAGCUCGGUAUGGUCGAAACAAGGCCCGUUUUGUUACGAUACCACCGGAACUUGAUGCGAACUCUGGCAAUAUUGCGAUAAUUAAUGCAGCACUAGCCGCUGGGCUUUAUCCCAAGAUUCUCUCCAUCGACGGAAAGGCUCAAAUGCGUACAAUCACGAAUGAAAAGGCUGCUUCAUUCCAUCCCUCAUCGGUCAAUUUUGGACGCAAGCCAACGGACUUUGGCGUCAACUAUCUGUCGUACUUCACGUUGAUGCAAUCAAAGAAAUUAUAUGCUUGGGAGACAGGUCCAGCCGAUGAUGUCGCACUACUGCUCUUAUGUGGAGAUCCAGAUUUCAAGCUCAUAUCUGAUUCAGUCAUCGUCGAUCGCAAGAUACGAUAUAGAAUCCCUCCGAAAACGCACAUCGCAUUGAAACACCUGCGGCAUCAGCUCAACGCAUCUCUAGCCUUACAGUUCCGUGGGCAGCCUCUGACGGAAAGCCAGGUUCUCUGGAGUCAGAUGGCCGAAAAUGUCUUAGGAAAGAUCAAGAUCAAGGAAGACGGUGAAAGUGAUGGCAUCAGUCGCUCUAUCGUGGUAGUCAACAAUUCGCGGUAAACGGUCGACGUCGGCAUUCAGGAAUAAGGUAGAAACACGCUCCACGCUGUACCGAG